GGUAAAGUUCUUGACCUCCUCAUUGAUAGCGCAUCGCUCCUUCAGUUCGGCAGCAUAAGUAGACAGAUGGCCCGCAAAAUGAUACCAGCGUUACUUCGUAUUCACACAAGACCGUACUAUGAAUGGCUUUCACCGAAGCGAAAGUCGUACCUAUAUUUGACGCUGUUGCGACUGAUCGAGCAACUUGAUAAGAUGGACAACAGUAUCCUUGUGGCCAUUGAAACCGUGGUUGCCAGUCCAUGCGAGAAGCUAAACCUUGUCAGUGUUUUGUUUCGCAUGCUUGAAACUCCAACUGUCAGCAGUAAAGCAAUAUCUUACAUUGAAUGCCUAAUAAUGUACCUGCUGAAGAUUCCGAGAUGGUUCAAGAUAGACUGGAGCGCCAUAAUCAUACCACCAGUGACAGAGGGCCCUUGCCAUCCGCAAACAUGGCAUAAAACAACCAGUACGACGGAACUGUCGGUAGUAACUACGCCACAAGUAACUUUUACGGAAACACCGUCGACUGGCAUAGAAGAAAUAUACACGCCAGGACAAGAACUGACCUCUAGAGAGACAACAGCGUACAGCACAACUACGACGACGGAAUAUACAGCCACAGAAGUAAAAACAACUACGGGGACAUCUCCAGAAGAGUCGACAACACCUUGGUUUGCACCAACAACAUCAAGAGGAACUACAGUGACACCUUCCAACGGUAUAUACACAUAUGAAACAGGAACGGAGACAGAAUAUACUACAUCCGUAGUCGAAACUACGCCAGCCACAUUUACAGAAACUCCUUCCAGCACGGCAACACCAACAUCUAUUGAGACGUCAACUACGGCUUCAAAUACAAUUUCUACGACUACUCCUGGCACAACAGAGACUCUUACUCAAACUCCAUUUUCGGAGACUACAUCCACCAUACCAGAUUUAGAAACAAUGGCUGUUACCACUGAAAACAUAAUGUCACAAACACCUUCGACAGGAUCAACUAUGACAACUGAAACUCCAGAAUUCUCUACCUCAAUCGAAACAACCGCUGCUACAGAAUUCUCAACACUUCCAACGACAACCGAGCUGUUCAGCGAGACUCCGACUAUGACACCUUCAAGCGAGACUACGACCUCUGGCUCAUUAUUUUCUACAACACCUUCAGCGAGUGAAUGGAUGGAAACGACGACUCCGGCGGCUUUUACUACAACUUCCGCGGAGGAAACACCCUCGGCUACACAGUCAACACACACAACAUUUGCACAAUCCUCAGGAACACCUUCUUAUGAAACCACGACUUCAACGGAAUAUACGACAGCUUCAUUUGAGAGUCCGACGGCUACUCCUUCUCUUGAGACAACCACGUCGACCGAAACUACUACUGAGACUCUUGCGGGGUCUCCUUCAACAUGGGCAACAUCAACUGCAUUUACAACUGAAGGUGUAACAGCAACUCCUUCAGAAGAGACACCUUGGGAAUCUAGUACGACUUCAACGGCCACCGAAACACCUUCAGUUUACUAUUCAACCACGACUACUACAGAAUAUACAACAGCAUGGACAUCAAGGGAAACUCCCUCCGAAGGUUACUCGACAGGCACUACAACUUCACAAGAGACUCCUUCCGAAAGUUACUGGACAAGCACUACAACUUCAUAUGAGACUCCAUCGGAAAGUUACUCGACUUCAAACGAGGCACCGUCGGAGACGUUUUCGACUGUAACGACAUCUAUGUUGACAGAAACUCCUGCAGAAAGUUAUUCAAUAGUAACCACGACAUCGACAACAGAAGUACCCUCAGAAAGUUAUUCCAUCACGACAACCUCGACAUCAACAGAGACUCCGUCUGAAAGCUUUUCGACAUCAACCGCGACACCAUCAGAGAGUUAUUCGACAGAAGCAAGAACGUCCACAACUACAGAGACACCCUCCCAAAGUUAUUCGACAAUGACAACGACUUCGACGGAAACUGCCUCUGAGAGUUAUUCGACAGGAACUACAACUUCAAUAUCGACUGAAACUCCCUCCGAAAUGUAUUCGACAGAAACUACUUUUUCAACGGGAUCUACCACAACACCAAGCUUUACGGUGACCACAUCUGGCACCACAACGGAAACGCCUGUUGGUACACCUUCCACUGAGACGACUACAACAACAGUUAUCAAGGCGUCUACCGAAACACCUUCAGAAACUCCAUGGGAAGAGACCACAUCAUCGACAGAGACCACAACGGGCAGUUAUUCAUUCGAGACUGCCACUACACCGAGUCUAGAAACAUUCACGCCAGCAACAGAGACUUCGACCAGCGUGACGAAGUCGCAGCGCACUACAGCGCCACCACAGCCGGACAACAGGGAGAACGAUACAGUCACGCCAACUGGCUUCCGCAGCACUGUCGUUACGACGGACAACAUUCUUUCGAUGGGAACUACGGUCGUCACUUUGCCUACUCCGACACCAAGUGUUAACGUAUUCACGGUUCCAUCAUCUCCAGAAAGUGCAACGGUCAAGUUCAACAUAGAAAAAAUAUCGCAUCACAUAACCCACACGAAUGAGUCUACCGGCAACAUUCUAUCAAUCAUAGAGAGCAUCUUCAAUAUUCCGCCUCCAACUAACAUCACAACUAUAAUUGAAGGGGCACAUAACAUUACCAUUGGUCACCCUGACAUUGAACGAGCAGUGGAUGAGAGACUGAUACAAAUAAUUGUAAAAGCUCUGACUGCUGAGCAACUUCAAGGAUUAUAUACCGACAGAACCGAGCUUUUGGUGUUAGAACUUUAUAGGAUUAUUAAAACUGGAGUAAAAAUUAAUCUGACCAUCCUAAGAAGUAUCCUCACUUUGGAGAUGACAGCUAGACUUCGAGAAAAUAUAAUUUCAAGCCUCGUCAACAGAACGUACUACGGGCCUAGGGAAGAAGUCCACAGAGUGUUAGAGAUUCUGCUGCCGUACCUAGCAGUGCACCAUAUCUCUACGCUCACAACGAAGGAGUUCAUUCAUUUGUUGGUUCAGUACGUGCAGACAACCAACAGGAGUAACAUUGACGGCGACUUGAGGCAUUUCUUGAUCGAAAUAUUAGAAGAACUUACAAGAAACCCCAAAGUGCCAGAAAACCAAAAACAACGCCUGAUAGCUAUACUUGAGGUGCUCGUGAAAGAAUUACCCGCACCGCACACAGACUUCAGUGCAAUUAAAGAGUACCUGCGAAAUCCAAAGGCUCCCUUGCCAUACACGCUUUUACUCUCGAUACAACCGAAUACACGUGGAACUGCGCCAGGCUCUCCAGCCACAAUACAACUGUUAGCAUCUGUCGUAAGGGAAUCCGGCGGGAACCCGGUGGUAGUGGGAAACGUAGUUUCCUUGCUCCUCAGGUUGAUAAGCACGAACAACGUUCCAAGACUACAAAUAGGGCCGCUGCUUACUAGCCUCAACAAAAUUGUUCAUCGAAGAGACCUUAUCGCGCCCCACCUGAGAAUGGUCGCUCUUACAGACUCUCUCGUUUUGUAUGGCAAUGACGGCUUCCAAUAUUUGUCACCUACUGCGCGCUCGACAGUGCUAACAACUCUGAUUUCUUUGUUGAGCGGACGUGUCGAUGAUUAUCUUGUUACACGUCUGCUUAGUUUCAAGCCGCCCAACUAUCAUCCGGGACGGACGUUUGAAACCUUGCGCAGAGAUGUGGACAGCGUGAAACCCACUGGCCCUGUGGAAGGCCUAACGGCAGUAAAGCAAAUUCUGCUUGCUAUAGGGUCCACUGCCUCGAGCAACCCUUCUUCGACGGUGCACCUGCACACUAUCGCUGAAAAGCUGAACUCCCAUACUUCAGAGGAGUCGAAGUAUCCACGCUCUAUACAAUACAUUAUUGCCAGCCUACUUAAGAAGACUCCUGUGCAGCUGCCAGAUAUUCCAAAAAGUGGCAUGACACCACUGUCGUAUGUCCACUGGCCGACGUAUCAAAUGCCACCCGAUUUGGUUGACAACAUUGCAAAAGAAGUCGAGGACCGCGAUUAUAAGAUCACCCACCUAACGAAAGAGCUGUCGUUUGACCUUGUGUCACCCGCUCUCGAUCCUACCGUUCGAGGUAAUCUGCUUGUAGUAGCCAUGCGUCUGCUCACGACUGACCAGAUGACUGUGACUCUCGCUCAGCAACUACUUCGCGCCAUUCACGCCGCAGUUACAAUGGUUCCCUCGUUGUGGCCAAGUAAUAGCUUACUGCUCCUUCAAAACACUCCAACAGCAAUAACAAGACCAAUAAUACGAUCUCUCCCACCAAUACAAACUGCUAUUCUUCCAUCACUAUUGCACCACUUGAUAAAUAGGGCUCGACAUAUUCCGAAACAAAUCCUCCAUACACUAAUUAAGUUCGCGCCAAGCCAGGACUAUGCGGUGGAAAUAGUUACGGACAUUAUCUCGGCGCUAUUGAGACAUGGUGACGCCUCUGAGCAAGCCGACCUCAGCAACAAGCUUGUCAAAGUGUUGGAUGAGAGAGCUGGGACGAGUGCUUUGCCCACUAAAGAAGUUGCCGACCUUCUGACGCGCUUCAGAAACCGCCUGUCACCAUUGACCAAAGGCACUCCCGAGUUGAAGCCGGUGAUCAAAUACAUAAAUGAGGUACUACGCAGGCUUCAGAGUGAACCUCUAAGCGCCCUGCGAAACCUCAAGAAGUAUCUCAGGACACUGCCAGGACCUGCACCAGCGGAACUUUUGCGCGGCAUAUUUGAAGACUUCCCCAGCUGGACGCCGAGCGACCUUCAGACGGUAGUUGGCCUGGUGCGGGAUGCACUCACGGCAUCCAAAAGCCGAGAGCCUGGAGUGGUGGGCAGCGUGGCCGCUGUGGCCAUGCGCCUGCUCCGACUCUACAACUAUACUGACGGCACUGAAAAACGUCUCGUCGACGUCAUCGAUCGGGUUCCCGCGCGUGACGACAUUAUCCCGCAGCCACUCAAGCUCGUGCUCGUCAACGACAUUCUCUUUGUGCUUGCCACGAAGGUGACGCAAAAGUCCGAGAGCCAUGUGAACGUGCAGACAUUACUGGAGAUGCUGGACUCGGUGCUGCGCGGCGGAGCCUUGCCUACGGGCACGGCGAGCGUAGAGAGCCACUUUAUCAAGGCUGUGGCUGCCUUCGUGGACAACAAGUUCGCUCUGCGCAAAGUGACUCGAGAGCUGCGCGUGCGGAUCGCCGACCUGUUGCGGCGGCUUGAUCUCCAGCAGUACAUCCCGCUCGAGAUUCUUGUCAAGAUCGACAAGCAACUUCGCAAGGAGAUGUGGACGGUAAUCCGCAAGGUGCACACUACGACCGAGGAGCGCUCCAUCACGCAGUUCUUGCAGUACCUCAGGACGGCAAACCGAGACGAAAUCGUGCGCAUGGAUGAGGGCAGCAUGCGGAACUUGCCCAAAGUGAUGCUGCCGCUGCCGCCACGCGCUCUUCACAACGUCAUCGCCGGAGUCGAAGAUGUGUUGAGAUUCAACCGCGAAAUCAUCCACCGCGACCUGGCCCGCCAGCUCCUUACAAUUGUACAGACGGCCAUCAGCAGUCCUAUGUUCCCUGCCACAUUGCUUCCCCGCAGCAAGAGCGUUAUGGACGCCCUCAAGCGAGACAUCCGACAGGAGAACGCCAGGGGCGUUCCCUAUCCACCCGCCAUGUAGAGACUGUCGGCCCACGCGUGGCUCAUUGGUGCUUGCCACACAAUAAAAAGAAAAGUCUUCAGAGUGUGCCACAUCCAUGUGCUUCUAGAGUCUGCGAUGUGCCAGCAGACAAGGAAGGAUUUGGUGCAGUCACGGUAACGGACGAACUACGCUUCGGUUUCAGAAGACGGUUAUAGGAAAACGCGCUUCUGUUCAUCAACCCCUUGUGUUGUUGUCACGCGACAAAAGAAAUCAAAACCCCUAACCACGAAUUAGAAACGUCAAAAGAUAAUCAUGGAGAAAGACAGAACUUUCAUCUUUUUUAUUUCCUCCCUCGCUGUGUGGCCCUAAUUUCAAUGAGUUGCGGAUUGCAUACUGUAACAUUACAUAUAAGUGCAGUGGUUGGUGUAUACUGCUAUUUUACUGCGAAUCUCUAUUUAUACGCUCAUUAGUCGACUGUUGUUAUUGGCGAUCUAAAGGCGCAGCAGUGCUGGUUUUUUCAUGUGUAAGCUGAUCCGGGACAUUCGUCCUUAAUGUUUGCACCCGGCAUUGUCUAAGCGCACACCCGUCUUCACUGCGAGCCCCUGUUGUGCAUCUAGAGGCCAUUGGUACGCACAUGGCAUGUAUCGAAGCAGUGCGAUUCAACCAUCAACCCGCCGUUUUGGAGAGUGGGCGUGACUACCAAGAAUGUACGCAAAAAAAAAG